UCUCGGGGGAAGGGAGGGCAGUGAGGAACCGCUCCCUAGACGCGGAGCCGCUCCAUCCCGAGCCCGGGAGGCGGCCACUUUCUCUUUAAAUGCAAAUCACCUCCCGCCAGCUUAGCUCCCACCCGCUAGCGUUCGGGGAGGACAGCUCGGAGGGCGGAGGAACUUGCAUCGCGGCGUCACUCGGGACCCCAGACCUCCAGGCCUGAGGCCCAGCCAGCAUCCAAUGGAUGACAAAAAGAAGAAAAGGAGUCCUAAGCCCUGCCUGGCCCAGCCAGCCCAGGCACCAAGCACACUUCGCAGGGUCCCAGUACCCACAAGCCACAGUGGCUCUUUGGCCCUGGGACUCCCUCAUCUCCCAUCCCCCAAGCAACGAGCCAAAUUCAAGAGAGUAGGCAAAGAGAAGUGCCGCCCGGUGCUGGCCGUAGGUGGAAGUGGCUCUGCAGGCACACCCCUGCAGCACUCCUUCCUGACCGAGGUGACUGAUGUCUACGAGAUGGAGGGGGGACUGCUGAAUCUGCUCAAUGAUUUCCACUCAGGCAAGCUCCAGGCCUUUGGGAAGGAGUGCUCCUUCGAGCAGCUAGAGCAUGUGCGGGAGAUGCAAGAGAAGCUGGCCCGACUGCACUUCAGCCUGGAUGUGUGUGGGGAGGAGGAGGACGAGGAGGAAGAGGACAGCGUCACUGAGGGGUUGCCGGAGGAACAGAAAAAGACAAUGGCUGACCGCAACCUGGACCAGCUGCUUAGCAAUGAGGGACUGCAUGGAUCCAAGAGCUGUGAGCCCCUCGAUCCAUACCACAAGGCCCCCAGAGCAUGGAGAGGUCAGUCUGCUCCCCAUACUGACAGAAACCUCCCUCUCUUUCUGUUGACAGCUUGAAGAUCUUAGUAAUUCUAUACAGAAACUGCACUUGGCAGAGAACGCUGAGCCUGAGGAGCAAUCAGCUGCAUAAGCGUCGGACACA